AUGCCCCCCCCACCCUACACGGAGCAGGGUUAUACUCAGGGCGACCAAUACACAUUGCCCCAGCAGAAUACGAACCCUGGCUACGAUCAAAAAUACGAAUCAGCUGCAAAUAUGUCGCAAGGCCACGCCACUCCACAGUCGCAGUAUGCGCCAGAAGGGGCGAAUGCCUCAUAUUAUAAUGGAGAGCCAGUCUUAGACCCGAACGAUCCUAACGGUGAAAAGGGUCUUGGGUCAACUGUUGUUGGUGGUGCAGCUGGUGGAUACAUGGGCCACAAGAUGGGCGGUGGCUGGAGCACCGCUGCAGGGGCCGCUAUAGGGGCCGUCGCCAUGAACGUCUUGUCCCACAAGAUGUAA